GGUAAUCUCGUGAGAGUGUAGUCUCGCGAUAUUCAGGCGGUCACUGCCUGAUAUGAAUAAUGGCUACCUUCGUAGCAAUGGCUGGAACGGGGAACAACACCAGAAGCAUGUCAGAGCGUUACAGCUGACCAGGAAGAGCGUAAUUUACCGGGUACCCCCUCCUACCCGAGUUUCAGAACGGAUGGGUAGAGGGGGUCUUACCAAAGGACACAAGAAACGAAAGAGACUUGGAGGGAAGGGGAGGAAAGCUAACGCUACUUUGAUACCUAGCGCUAGCUGGCUAUCAACACGGUUGUCACUGCCGGGGAACAAACCCGAGUAGCCGUGACAACUGUGACGGGAGGGUUCGAGGAAACGGCGGCUAAACGCUGGAGCGUGCGAUCAAACAACUGGUUAGUCACCAAUAUGAGUGGACCCGGGCAGGACAGCGAGCCAGAGGCGAAAGUCCUUCUCAUCAAGCGGCUUUAUAGGGCUGUGGUGGAGUCUGUGCACAAGCUGGAUGUCAUCAUCGGCAGCAAAGCAUCCUACAGAGAGGUCUUCAAGCCGGAGAACAUCAGCCUUCGCAACAAGCUGAGGGAGCUUUGUGUGAAACUGAUGUUUCUUCAUCCUGUCGACUAUGGCCGUAAGGCUGAGGAGCUGCUCUGGAGGAAGGUUUACUAUGAGGUCAUCCAGGUUAUCAAGACCAACAAGAAGCACAUCCAUAGUCGCAGCGCUUUGGAGUGUGCCUACCGUACACACCUGAUCGCCGGCGUGGGUUUCUACCAACACCUGCUGCUAUACAUCCAGUCGCAUUACCAGCUGGAGCUGCAGGACUGCAUCGACUGGACCCACGUCACAGACCCGCUGAUAGGACGAAAGAAACCAGUGUCAGCGACCCCCAAGGAGAUGGAGUGGGCACAGAUGGCCUGUCAUCGCUGUCUGGUCUACCUUGGAGAUCUAGCCCGUUACCAGAAUGAGCUUGCUGGAGUGGAGGCGGAGCAGCUGGCAGAGAGGUUUUACCAUCAGGCCCUGUCUGUCAUCCCACAUGUGGGAAUGCCUUUUAACCAACUGGGCACACUGGCAGGGAGCAAGUUCUACAAUGUUGAAGCAACCUACUACUACCUACGCUGCAUCCAAUCAGAAGCCCCCUUUGAGGGCGCCUAUGGCAACCUGAAGCGCCUGUUUGACAAAGCUGCCAAGAUGUACCACCAAGUGAAGAAGCAGGAAAUGAAGAAGCUAUCUCCAUCUCGGCAAAGAUCAAAAGACAUUAAGCGCCUCCUGGUGAGCUUCAUGUACCUCCAGAGCUUGCUGCAGCCCAAGAACAGUCUGAUGGAGACAGAGCUAACGUCACUCUGCCAGUCGGUGCUGGAGGACUUCAACUUGGUGCUGUUCUACCUGCCGCCUCCAACACAUGGUGGUGCCCACCACUCCCCCAGCGAGGAAGAGGAGGAGCAGCAGCAGCAGCAGCAGCACACUGAUAGCUCCUGCCCUGUGCUGCCUGACACCCUCGUCUUCAAGAUGGUGGUCACUUGUCUGAUGGUGGUGCACAGCCUUAAGAGGGGAGGAUCGAAGCAGUACAGUGCAUCCAUAGCUUUUACUUUGGCCCUGUUCUCCCACCUGGUGAACCACGUGAACAUCCGGCUGCAGGCUGAGCUGGAGGAAGCAGAGAGCCAGGUGCCUCCCCUUCACACUGACACCACAGAUGAGCUGGAGAUGAGGGAUUUAUCAGCUCCACCGACAGAUCACUCUGACGAGAGGCCUCUGCAGAAUGGCUCCAUGGAGCAAGAAGAUGAUGAGGAGGAGGCGAAGGAUGAAGAUUGCUGUGGAAGGGUUGGUGCCAAAAAACAUAGCAGCGUGGAAGAGCAGCGCAAGUUGGAAGAGGACAAACAGAGGCAGAAGAAGAAGUACACCCGCCUCUCUCGACUCCGCCGACGCCGCUGUGCCCGCAAGGACGGUCGAGGAGAGGACGAAAGCGACCUUAGCGAAGGCUUUGAGAGCGAAGAAGAUGAAGAUGAUGAAGAAGAGAAGACUGGCCAUGCUGAUUCAACAGCUGUCACUGCAACACGAACCCCCCUCAAUCCUUCCUCUGUCAGGAAGGAGACUAAGAAAGACCCCCUGGGUGAGGAGGGCAGCUGGGGGAGUGGCUCAGAGGAAGAGGAGGAGGAAGGAGGAACGGCGUUUGAUGUAGAGACCGACUCAGACAUGAACAGCCAGGAGUCUCGCUCAGAUUUGGAAGACAUGGAGGAGACAGAGAACUCAGAAAACCUGGAGGGUCAGGCCCGGGAGCACCAGGACGAAGAGGAAGAUGAAGACCAACCCAAGGAAGAAGGAGGCGACAGGGACGGUGAUACCCCUCCGACCACCAACGGGCCCCUCAUGCCCAGCGACUCCAGCAUCAGCAGUAACCUCCAGGCCAUGUCCACGCAACUCUUUCAGGCCAAGCGCUGCUUCCGCCUGGCACCGACCUUCAGUAACAUGCUGUUGAGACCUCAAGCCUCAUCUUCCUCGGGUAUUCCCACCCCUACUGAUGCUUCUGCUCCCCCUUCCCAAGAGACUCCUCCUCCUCCUGGGGAUUCACCCUGCAACAUGAACCCAGGCACUUCCAAUGGAACCAAUGAACAUGACUUGGACUCUGAUUCGGAAGGUAGCCAACACAGCACUCAGUCAGUGCGUAGUGAGAAAACCCUCCUAGAGAAGCUGGAGAUCCUGACCAAUCAGGGGUUGAUCCAAGUGGUGAAGGUCUUUGUUGACUGGCUAAGGACCAACACGGACAUUAUCCUCAUGUGUGCACAGAGCUCUCAAAGUCUGUGGAACCGACUGUCUGUGCUGCUCAACCUGCUACCAGAUGGUAGCAAGAUGCUCGAGGCUGAGCUUGGUCUGAACACAGAGGUGACAGAGCUGUUAAAUGAGUGCGAGCAGCCCGGUUUGGUCCAGAGUCUGCUGCUGCCUGAGGACUUGGCUCUGCGACACCUGCCUGCUCUCAGCGUAGCUCACCGCCGCCUUGAUUUUACUCACCGCAAUCCUUCCCUCACCCCCCUACAGGAGUGUGUGGUGCGAGUGUGUUGCAUUCGCAGUUUCGGACACUUCCUAACAAAUCUCCAGGGCAACGUGCUGCACUUCAACCCGGAGGCGGGCAUCUUCACCAGCGUCAGCCAGUCCGAACAGGAUAAUCUGGUGCAGCAGGCCAAGGCCCAGUUCCGAAUGGCUGAGGAGGAGGCUCGUAGAAAUCGCCUAAUGAGGGAUAUGGCCCAGCUUCGACUACAGUUGGAGGUGUCGCAGCUAGAGGGCAGCCUUCAGCAGCCCAAGGCCCAGUCGUCCAUGUCUCCCUACCUGGUGCCAGACACAGCUGCUCUGUGCCAGCAUCUGAACCUCAUCCGACAGCUGGCCAGCAGCGGCUGCUUCAUCGUCAUCAUCCCGCGGACAGUAAUUGAUGGACUUGACAGACUGAAGAAGGAAAAUGCCGGGGCGAGGGAUGGCAUCCGUUUCCUAGAGACUGAAUUUCGCAAAGGCAACAGGUACAUACGCUGCCAGAAGGAGUCAGGUCGAAGUUUCGAAAGAGAUAAACUGAAACGCCAGGACAUCGAAGCCUGGCAUCUGUACAAGAUGGUGGACAGUUGUCGUCAGUUAACAGUCUCCCAGAACAACGGAGAUGAAGAUACAGCUGGCAUGGUGACCAUUCUUACUGGCCAUCAAGUCGAUGAGCUUUGCACUCGGUCAGCAGCAAUGAAGGCGGCGAUGCAGGCGGCGGGCUCGGCAGGCAUGGAGCUGAAGAACAUCGUGGAGUUCUACCGACAGUGGAAGGAGAUCGGCUGAGAGAUCAAAAGGGGGGCAGCUGUCGGUGCUGCGAACAGCUGAUCGAUCACAACACUCGCUCCCUCUCUCUCUCUCCCACUCUUUUGCUCUGUGUGUAUCUGCGUCUCCAAAGGCAAAAAAAAAAAAAAA